AGCGGACCGGGGGAGGUUCGGGCGGUCGUUCCGCCCUCCCCGCGCUGCGGCCGGGGCUCGGCCCCGCUCCGUCCCGCGGCGCAGGGAGCCGGGCCGGUGCCAGGGCUGCCGCCCGGGCCGGGGCCGCAGUCCGGCCCGCCGCUAUGGCCCGCUUCUCGGCGUUCCUCAACCCCGUCCUGGUGCUCUUCAGCUGCGAUCUCUGCCUCGUGAGAGCCAACAGGCCACCAUCUCCUGUCAAUGUGACUGUGACGCAGCUGAAGGCAAACUCUGCCACAGUUUCCUGGGACGUCCCAGAAGGAGAUGUGGUCAUCGGCUAUGCCAUCUUACAGCAGCGGCAAGACGGACAGAUGCAGCGCUUCAUCCGGGAGGUGAACACCACCAACCGUGCCUGCGUGCUGUGGGACUUGGCGGAGGAUGCGGAUUACAUCAUCCAGGUGCAGAGCAUCGGCCUGUAUGGAGAAAGCCAGGCUAGUAAGCGUGUCCACUUCCGAACCCUGAAGGAGACCGACCGCCUACCUUCCAACAGCUCCAACCAAGGUGACAUCACCAUGGAAGGGCUGGACAAAGACAGGCAGCUCCAGACAGGCGAGAUUAUCAUCAUCGUGGCUGUGCUGCUCAUGUGGGCAGCGGUGAUCGCCCUCUUCUGCAGACAGUACGAUAUCAUCAAGGACAAUGACUCCAACAACAACAAGGAAAAGACAAAGCCAUCCUCGGAGCACAGCACACCGGAGCGACCAAGCGGAGGGCUGCUGCGGAGCAAGGUGAGGGGAGGGCUGGCAGGAGGGAUGGCGUAUGGUGUCUGCUGUGGUUUGCUGCCUGGACAGGUUCUGGCUCUCUCCAGAGACACCCCAGCUCAUGCUCUCACCAUAAAAACUGAGGGGUUUUAGAGUGCAGUGAGCCCUGGUUUCUCUAGGGUAGUGUGUGUGUGCUCCAUGGCGAAACACUAGAAGAGAUGGCAGGAUAUGUCAGCUGGGAUGGCUUCCACAUUUGCAGGGCUGCACCUUUUCUGCAUCCCAUAGGCAGGAGGCAGACAAGCUGGGCAGCUGUUGUUUGGUUCCUGCACUGGUCUAUCACUGCUCGCUUUCUGCCUUCACUGGGGCCUGCUCCAGAACAUCAGCACACAGGUUAUGCAUGGGAAGCUUAGGGCAGAGGGCUCAGCAGCAGCUCGCAACCCUUUUGUAGAGGAGGUGUGCCUGCCGUGGGAGCUGGGGGCUCUGCCACGGGGUCUGCAUCCUGGGGGCUUAGCAAAGUGGAGCCUUAAAGCAGAUUUUUCUCUCAUAGAAGAAGUCUCCCUCGGUCAAUAUAAUCGAGGUGUAGGUGCAGCACCAGCUCUGCGUCUGGGGUCCUGGGCAUCCUGCCAGAGCCAAAGCAGGCCUUGGAAGAAAAGGCAGCACCAGGCGCCCAGCCUGGAACUCUGCAUGCGAAGAAGAUCCGCGUAUCAGAACUUACGCUUUCCCGAGGGCGCCCGUCCAGGGAUGCGCAUGGAGCCGGCUCCCAGCCGUGCAUGCAGUGUGUGGCCAUGCCCAUCCCGCACGCCUGGCCCCGCUGCCCUGCCGCUGCAGAGCGCUGAGUGGAAUAAGGGUUGUGGGCCGCACCACCAGCCUUGGGAGGUGAGCAGAGGGGAGCAGAGGGCCUGAGGCAUCGGCUUAAGGGGAGGCAACGUCCCUGCGCGCUGGCUUGGCCAAAGGCGUGGAUGCAGCCAUGUGGCACUGGACACCCUCCAUGCAGGCAGCAUGGAGCAGAACAUGCUCUUGGCUGCUGUGUCUGGGCUCGAAGGGCUGCCCUUUUGGCCCUAAGAGUGAGGGGCUGGGGAAAUGCGGGCAUUUGCCCCAGUGCUGCCAGGGGAGUCAUGGCCAGGAGGUGGAAGGGUUAUCUGUGGGGCUGGGCCCAAUGAGUACAGCUGAAGAAUGGAUCCCUGCUGGAGAGUGGGGCUCUGCUGCACCCCAUCAUUGCCAUGCAGGGGUUUCAAGGCCUCUCCCUGCUGCAGGGGAUAAAGACACAAACAAGCAUGAGGAGCUAGUGUUGCCACAGUGCCUGGCUGGCCUGCGGAGUGUGCAGCCAAGGGCAAGGAAUGCUGGUAGGAGCCAUUCUGUGCAGUGGUGUGAGCGCCAUAGAGCUAUGGGAGCAGGCAGUGCCAGGGCAUGGCUGUGGCUUUGCCAUUUCCCAGCUAGGGCUAGGGCUCAGUCCUGACACAUUCAAGUUGUUUGUCGGGGAGCUGCUGAGCACCCUUGGAGCAGUGCAAUGCCUGUGCUGCCUGGAGGAGAUAAUGUAGUUAAGCCAAGCAAGGUCUCAGCGGGAUGUGUGCUGCAGAGCUCAUCGCUGCUCCGGAGACAACCCUAGCUUCAGCGGUGUCAUAUCCCACUCAUGGCUCCUUCUGACUCAUGGGGGUAUGGUAUGGUCACUGCUGAUGCUUCUGCUCCUGGAGCUGGCCCAGUGGCUGGCACCAGGUUGGCUGAUGUGACACAGUCCUGUUGGAAAGAGCUGCCCCUAAAUGCCCAGAGCUGGUGGACUGCUGGCUCACUGUCAUGUGCCCAGUCUGCUCAUGAGAGGACAACAUGAGCCACCAACCACACUGGGGCUGGUGAAGAGGUGAUAUCUGGACUGUGCUUAUUUGCUCCCCAGAGCCCGCAGGCAGAAGUCUCUCGCUGGGUAUCUGCACUGCUCUGUCCAUGGCUGAGGCCAGGUGUUGCUGGUGGUAGAAGGGAGCAGUGUGAUACCAGGAAGUUCUUUGCUGCAGAGAUGGCAACUAGUGCCCUGGCUGCUGCUCUCCCUCUGUGCUCUGCUCUGCAGGCUGUCACUGAGCUGGGGUGCUGGCUCUGCAGCCCCGGACUCAAACAUCACAGGAUCCAUUGUCUUCCAGGAAUAAAUCUCCCAGUAAAGCACUUUCAGGACUCUUCCUUCCAGGUGCUGCUCAGCUCCUGCUGCAGGUGGGAAUGGGGCAGGAUAAGCGACUCCCUGUGGCAGGGUCGUUUCAAUAAAAGCAUCCUGGCUUAAAGGCAGCAUCGUU